GACUGUUGAUAAACUUAAAAAUGUAAUAGGGUUUAUUAAAAAAAAAAGACACAGGUAUACAAGCUCUCAAUUGUCCAAAAAUGAUAAUUUUAUUUCAGAUUUAAUUGCUUCCAAUUAUUUAAAAAAAGACAGGUAAAAAAACAUUCCUUCUUGAAAGAGACAGGUUGGCCCAACAGUGGUAACAAUGUUCUGAAUGUAUUUUUGCUGUUCUUUUGUAAAAAAUAAAUAAAUAAAUAAACUGUUAAUUACCUUCAUGGCAUUUAAUUGCUUCCAUGACUACGGUUAAGCACUAGCAGGCUCAAACAAAUGGUAUUGUGUCCAUGGUAUAUUGCACAUUUUGGGUUAAUAUUUUCAAGACCUCAAGGUCAGCAGAAAAGCAGAACCUAGGUAUGGUUGUUAGUCUAUUCUUUUCUGUUAGGGUUGGGUAACACGCUCCUCCUCAUGCUCACGAAAGGAAAAUGCAGUGAUUAUCAAUCAUAAUCGCUAAAUCCUAGUUGUAUACUCCUGUCUUGUUGUUAUGUUUGCUAAGCUGUAGCAGAACAAAGUCAACAGAAAAGGUGCGAUUAAUAGCAUAACUUUGGAAACCUGAGCAUAAAUAUCAGUGAGAGUAUCGGCCGGGACACUCAACUGGAAGGGUUCUGUCUGCCUGACUGGAUACCGCAGGGAAUCUGGGGAGAGAACAGAUUUCAACAACUGAGAUUCAUUGCUGACCUACCCAAGAGCAAAGAUAGACUAUGAGUGUGCAAAAGAAGCUGGGAGAAAUCAAGCUUUCCCGAGUCACUUUCCGUGCAUCAUCCAGACCACAACAGGAAAAUGCUUUGCAGAAAUCAACAGAUCCUUUAGCCUCAAGAGCAAUUCCAGCUGUCAAACCUCAGCAAGGUGAAGGAGCUCAAAAGGCAGCAGAUACGAGGCAAUCUGGAUCAACCAUCAGCCUGAAAGGCCUACUGGCUGCACAGCGUCUUACUCGGGAGCUGAAGAACCGAGUGGCAUUAAGGAGAAAAACCAGAGCCCGGACACAGAAUUGCAGUCCAAUAACGAUUAUAAAUGAGCAGACUCCUGUUAAUUCUGCAAAUCCUGUACAUAGGUUUCCGAAUGCUCAUGUGAAGGAGCUAAUCGAGGAGUUCCUGGCUACAAAGCUGAAGAAUGAGCCCUAUGAUCCCUGUACUUGUGCCAGCCUCACUAAAGACUUGUGUGAAGACAUUAAAAAGAUCGUUAGAAGAGUGACUCCUCCCCGAUACAAACUUAUUUGCAGCAUGGCUAUUGGGAGCAAGCAUCGGGAGGACAUUAUGGUGACCAGUCAAUGUCUAUGGGACGCAUACUCAGACAAUGUCACUUCCUGUAGCUUCCAGAACCGCACUCUAUUCUGUGUAGUUUUGGUGUAUGCUGUUUAUUUUGAAUAGGAAGCAGCUUUUCCGUUCUUUAGUUUAUUUAGACGUGAUAGAUUAGGGCAUAGAAUGCAGUCCGAGUCAACAUAGGACUCUAUAGAAGUAAAUAAUCCGGAUUUCAUUUCACAUAAAUUAAUAAACUUGGAUGGCAAAUUCAGACACUCUUGGUUUGAAGGACAUAUAGUAUUGCAAAGAAAGAGUCUUUUGGGCUGAGUUACUAAGAUAAAUGCUAAAUUGCACCAGUACAUUUGCCCAGAGCAAACUGCUGAUUGGUUGAUAUGGAUAAUUUCAUUAUCAUGCAGUGAUGCUAUUUAGCACCUAUAUUCAUAAAUCAGCUUUGAGUAUUUACGUUUGCUAUGUAACUGUGGGUAAAACAAUGUCUGUUUUGUUAUAAAGAUUUUGUAAUAGACAUGUAUUUUGUAAAUUUUUCACUGUACCUCUGUGUAACUUUGACCUCUGACCUUUGCAGCUCUGUGCAGCUGCUUGAAUAAAAUGAAAAAUAAUGUCGCAUAACAUUUAGAGAUGCAAAGAAUCCAGUGCAUAAUUACUGGGGGUGCCAUGAUAAUUUAUAUCUUGUGACAGGGCAGAGGUACAUUUAUCUGAAUACUAACCAGGUGCAUGCCUAAAUGUAUUUCUGGGGGGGGGGGGGGGGUGUCCUGGUGAGGGGCCUGGGUGCAUCCUGCUCCCAGGUUCCAUCUUGGUUACCUAAACCAUUGACAGAAUUCAGCAUUUGGUUUGGACAGAGCCCAGCACAGAUUUGACUGACUCCCAAGUGUUCAACUGAAAGUCAUGUGGCUCUAUAGCUCAGGCCAUUUUUUGUUCACAAUAUUUGCAGGCUUCUCACAUUUAAUUAUGUGUUAAAGUGAUAGUGGAACCUCUAGUUUUGGGCUUAGAUCUCUACUUUGAUGGCAAUAAUAACUAUUAAUCACAAAAUUACUGAUGUAAACCCACAAAUUAGUAACAUAUA